AUGCAGAGGUGUGAGCUGAAAGGUGAAGGCUGCUGCUGCUGCUGCUGCCAUCGUCUUCUUUAAUCUUUAUUGAUUAUUACAGUGUAAUAGAGAUACAGAUUUCGUGGUCAACAAUGGCGUCCCUGUGUCUGAAAACCCUAAGGGAUAGGUCAAUCUGGUGUGUCGCAACGGCCUAGCUUUCGUUAACUCUUACACUGAUUUCAGCUGCUUGUACGCGACGACAAUGCGCUGAAAAAGGAGUUUCCGAUUGUGUCCUUAAACCGCCAUAACUGCCCCACCUGAAAACCUUGACCACGCUUUUCCCAUUUCCAAUCAGCAGCAGCUUUCGAUUUUCGGACGAAGGUUAAAAUUAGCAAAUAGCAAGGUUGUUGGAGCUUUUUAAUUUGUUUUUGUAAUGGGCGGGGAAGAAGGCGGAUUGGGGGAUUGGCCGCCGGCGCCUGGCGGCGCUCCGGUGUACUUUCCGAGAGGCGAUCACUGGACGCACUUCGACAACUCCGUCAACGCCGUGUCGUUCGGGUUUGUCGCGACGGCCAUUCUCAUCUCAAUGUUUCUUGUGAUGGCGAUCUUCGAGAAGAUUCUAAGGGCGACGUCGCCGCCGUCCGCUGGGCGGCAGAGAGCCUCCGACAUUGAGGCGCAGAGCCACCGAGUCGGUGGCUUCAACCCUAAGUUUGCCUAUCCAUCUCCAAAAACAUCACCAACCAAUGCUAGAGAAGUGUCCGUGGUGAUGCCGGGUAACAACAUCCCAACGUUCAUCGCGCACCCUGCCCCGGUCCCCCUACCUUGCCCCCCGAAGCGCAUCCAGUGGCCUCAUCAGCAACAGCUACCCAACUUACACGGUCCGGUGCCCACUUGCUCGAAUUGAACCAGUUGUCGGGGCUUAAUUAUCCAACCCCGAACCAGGAUUGUAAUUUCGGAGGGUAAGAAAAACAUGUAUAGAUCAGAUCGAACAUUAUUGAUCAAGUGGUUAGAACAUGAAGCUUAGGCCUCAUUUGUUUUUUGGUCCGUAGGCUGUGAGUAUGUGCUCUCGUUCUCAGCUUGGUAUAUGCUUUGUAAGAAAAUUACUAUCUCUGUAGAACUGCUUGAAUUUCGUAAAAAUUGCACAUUAAUUAGUAAUGGGAAGUGAAAGAGUGGAAUGCUACAGCUGCCCUUGUUCUGAAUUCUGUGCAGCUUCUACUGUAAUAAUGGAAAUAUUCCCUUCCAAGGGAUACUACGUUGUGGUCAUUUACUUUACAGAUCUGAAGGCUAAGCUAUAUGUUGUUGUAGUGAAAAGACCAAGAUACCCCUAGAGAAUUCUGGAUUAUGGCUAGAGGAAGAUGAAGCAUUCCAAGGACACAAGUGGGUUUUCCAGCAACUCAUUAUUAUUGCAGCUUGGCGCCCAAGGGUUGUCAUCUCCGGCUAUCUCCGGAUUUCGGGCCCUCUCUCCCAACCCGGACCCGACCCGACCUGGUGACCUGCCCGCUUUCCUGGCGGAUCUCGCCGGUGUCGGUUCGGAGCGCGUGACCGGAGACCGCGACCGUCGCCCGGAGCUCUCUCCACUGUCUCUUUUCCUUGCGUACCCGGAUCCGCGACCGGGUAUGGCCCGAUUUGGGGAUGAUUCGGAUCUCCGGCCGGGAGAUCUGCCCACGGUUUUCUCUCGCUUAAUCUCACCGGAAAGUGACCGGCUUUUCGCCGGCGGCGGCCUUCGUCGGAGUUCGUCGCCUCUGUUGCCCCUUUUCUCCGUCGAAGCGCUCACGCUCUCACUGAGGCUGCUGCAAAUCUCGGACACAUCCUCCGACACCUCCUCCUCGUUGCCGCCGUACGCGGCGAACGGCUUCUUGCAGACGGCGCCGUUCCGGCGGCGCUGGUCGUGAGCGACGACGGUGCCGGAGAAAUCGAGCAGCGGCGCGAUCUUUAUAAACGGGCUUUCUAUCUUCUCCGGCCGCGCAAUCGCCGGCGUUUCCGACAGCACCUCCUUUACCGUUUC